AUGAGCUCGCCUCGGACCCUGGAGGAUGCCAUAAAGAGAAUCAGGCAAUUGGAAACAGCUAAAUUGCUCCUACAGCAGGGGGCUCGCUCAGCGUCAAGUGGCACCUCAACAAAUAUCAAGGUCAAGGUCGCAAGCGCCACUCCUGCAUCAAAUGGAACUGGCUCAACACCAAAGACAGACUCAGACCUCAGCCAGGUGUUGGACAUACUGAAGAAAACGGAUACCCGGAUAAAGGAUCUGGAGACGUCAUCAGCGAGUGGGAGUUCAAGAAAUGCCGGGAGGGGGCGCGGGGAUGGCUCCUGCUGGAACUGCAAAGAGUUUGGACAUCGUGCUCGGGAGUGUCCAUCUAUCAAGUGCUAUACUUGUGGUGAGUUAGGACACACAUCGCCAUCAUGCCCCCAGAUGCCGGAAAACUCCCAGUCGGGGUCGUCACGGGGCGGACAGACCCCCAGUCGGCGUCAGUAG